GGGUGGACAACUCGCAAAUCUUUCGGCUUUCAACAACAAUUUGACGGGUCUUAUCCCACCAACUUUGAAAACUUGCAAAAGCUUAUUCAGACAACAACAAAUUUUAUGGCGAACUUUCGCCAAACUGGGGCAAUGCCAUAGUCUAACAAGCCUACGGAUCUCCAAUAAUAACAUUUCUGGAAAGAUACCACCUGAGCUGAAGCAUGCAACUCAAUUACACGAACUCGAUGUCUCUUCAAAUCAUCUCAUUGGUGAGAUUCCCAAGGAAUUGAGAGCGUUGACAUUGAUGUACAAACUUUUGCUAAGUGGUAACCAACUUUCAGGCAAAAUUCCACCAGAGAUUGGAGUUCUUUCAAAUCUACAAUAUCUUAACUUGGCAUCAAACAAUUUGAGUGACCGAUUCCUAAUCAACUUGGAGAGUGCUCAAAGUUAUUGGACCUGA